CGAAACGACCAUCUUAUAUUUGUACAUGCUUGUACUAAAUCUUCUGCAAAAUGCUUCGUAUUAUAUGCGCUAAAAAUGCUUUCAACUUAAAGUUCUUAGGAUGCCUAAGCAAGAAACCACUAGCAUAUCAUCUCCAAAGCAUGUCAAGCAAUGUCGGUAAUGGUGGUGAUCAGUGGAAAAAAGUUCUAGAUUACUGGUUUGAACCAGGAGGAGAGAAGAAAUGGUUUCAAGGUGGAGAAAAAGUAGACAAAGAAAUCAUGACAAAGUUUGGAAAAUUGGUUGAACAUGCCCUUCAGGGAGGACUGCAAGACUGGGAACAAGAGCCAAAGCCAUCACUUGCUUUGAUCAUUCUAACUGAUCAGUUUACUAGAAGUAUUUUCAGGGGUAAUGCGAGAUCGUUUGAUGGAGAUGAAAGAGCUAGAAAGAUUACAAGAAAGUUUUUAGAAAGAAACACCCAUGAUCAUCUAAAGCAGUCUUUGCCUGAAAGAGGUUUUAUUUAUCUGCCAAUGGAGCACAGUGAAGAUGCUGCAGAUCAGGUAUUGUCUAUUCAACUUUGUGAACAAAUGGCUAAAGAUGCAGAGGGUACUGAAUUUGCAGAACCAAUGAAGAUGCACUUGGAAUUUGCCAAAAGACAUAAGGAAGUUAUUGAUAGAUUUGGCCGAUACCCACAGAGGAAUAGAGUCCUUGGAAGAACAAACRCAAAAGAAGAGGAAGAAUUCUUGCUCAACUUACCUGAUCGAUACAAGUGGUGACGAGAAACGCACUAACUUAUUUUUGAUGGGAAGUAAAUAUCUAAUCAUUUUAACUAUUCUAUAAUUGGCAUUCAAAAAUCAAGAUUAAAUCUUCGUUG